CGUUCGUGAAGAGCGUACGCGUUCAUUGUUUUCGUGAGGUAAAUUGUUGGCUUAACAAGCUUAAUGCGAUUUUGCGCUGGUGUACUUAAUUGAAAACGGUGUUGCAGAUUGCUGACUUGUCGUAGAAAGAUGUGUGUUCGAAAAGUGGAAAACGAGUGAAGUAAAACAUUUGUUUACAGAAAAGAAAAACUGUGAAAAGCCGUUGACAAUACUUAGUGAUGCAUCAAUGAGAAAUAUAUGCAUACCGUUAUAAUAUGAAUAUUAGUUUUCCCUCACGUCUCGACAACAUGUCAGCUAUUUCGUUUGAAAAACGUGUCUUUUGAAGGGAAAAGUCGUGAGCACGAAUUUUGGCACUGUCGCUGCAGCACACACGUCUAACUGCGCAUACUCGGGCAUGCAUAUGUAGCGCUCGUUGCAGCUGCAGUGAGAUAAAUCACAGCGCAACGGCGACUUUCAUCGGCAACAGUCAGUCAUUAUAGUAUCAUCACCGUCAUUAGUGAGUGAGUGUUGCACUCGCUGUUGUUUCAACGCUUCGAAAUAAGUGUUUUGGCAAAGUUGUUGAGUCGAGCGCGCUUCAGCGUCGAAAAUCGAAAGUGCUGUGUGCUGUUACUAAUGUGGCACGAUCGCCACAAAUAUAACUGACUUUUAAAACAAGCAUAAAUUGAAAUUUUUCUGCAACAAAAAAAUAAAAUAAACACAAAGAGAAAAUUAAAUAACAAAAAGGCGAAAAUUCGUAUAAUAUUUCAUCUUCGGCGUGAGAAUUAACUCUGCUCCCACUUGUGACUUGUGACUUUCGCAGUUCAUUCAAAUACUUUUACAAGUAAUUUAAAAAUGACUUUUGAAAAACAACGCUUCAUCAUCGGCCUGUGUUUGCUUUUGCUGCACUCGGCAGUUACCGUUACAUGCUCCAAAGCCGAUGUUCAGGCAGCUGUAAAGGAGACGAAAGAUGAUGCAAAGAAAGCUGAAUUCCCCGAAGAGGAUGCUGAUAUGCUAAUGGAACCAAAUGACUUCACCCCAGUUACCGUUCUGCGCUCACAGGAACAGCAAUUCCACGUACCACCCACCUACCAGUUCCGCCCAUUACCACCCAAUCCCCAUGUCGUCGCACGUUCCGAUGUACACCCCAACGUACCACAGCCAACGCCUGUUGACUCACACACACAAGCUGCACAAAACUACUAUCCACCUUUCUUCCGUGAGGCGCCACCACUGGGCCACUCACGCCCCUACUUCCCCAUACCCGAUAGCCCGGUGAUACCGAAAUUUGCAGCGCCACAUCCCGAACAAGUGCCACUAGGUCCAACACAACGCAGCUUUGAUCCCACUAUUUUAGGUUCCGGCGACUUUGGCGUGCUGCGCGGCGGCACUUUCUACCCCGAGGAGGAAAUGCCUUAUCACACCGAUGAUAAUAGCGAUUUCAAUCAAUACUACGGCGAUGCGAAUGGCCACGGACGCCCCUCGAACGAGGAAUUCGUGCAGAAGUAUACCUACCCCGAAGAGCAAUUUGCCGAUUUUCGUGACUUUGCUGAUAUAAAUACGCCGGCCGAUUCGGCGUUUUCGCAGUUUGUUGUUGUUUAUGCGGCGAAAAAUUCAACCAAACCAAGUACACAUCCACGUCCGAAGAACAUCUUUGAGCAAUUGGAGCUGCUUGAUCGCGAGAAGGAGCAAGAGGAGAAGGAGGAAAAGAAGCGACGAGCGAGCAAAUCCAAAUCGAAGCUUUCCAAAACGAAAUUGCAAAAGAAGUAUAAGAAGAAGACGAGUCCCAAAGACCUGGACUAUGAGCCGCUCUUGGCCUUAAGUUAAGCUGUUAGUGGUAGGGGUGGUUAAGCAAAUUGUAGUAUAUGACAUUAUUUAUAAAGUAAGUGAAAGAUGGCAAUACAGUUAAACAAAAACUACGAAAGUAAGAAAUAAACUUUGGCAGAAUACAUGCUGAAUAGCAUGAAACCGUUAAUGCGAGCGUGGCAGUUAUCAUAUUCAUUAUUUUCUUCCCUUUCAUAACAUUCACUGUACAAAAUAGUUUCAUAAUUGUUGUUGAUAACGGUUCGAAAUGGAGUGCGCAUUUAAAGUUGGAUGCUGGACGUAAAAACAAAUUCAAUUUGGAAACCACUUAGUGCCGGCUAAUGCCUUAGUUUAGGACUAAUCAUUUGAUGAAACUUGCUCACUGCCGAAAUGGUAUUUAUCAAACUUUCACUUAGCAUCGUAUUUUAUAUUACUUGAAACCUUUUCAGUAUAGCCGAGCUCAAAUAUAGUUACAUAAUAUGUAUUUCAUACGUUUAUCGCUCACAAUUUUCAUGAAGCUUUCAUUUUGCCGCAUUUCAAAGCAAUGCUAUGAACGGAAGCUUCGUUUACAAUAAUAACAAGAAAUUAGUUUAUUUUUCAAUAACGGCUCAUUUUCAUAACUAAUGAUUUCUGUUUCUUAUUCAGAAACUUUAACCUAUCAUUGAACCUUAUUUAUCUAAAUUUUGUUCUACGUAACUUUCAAAAAAGUCAUACAACCUCUAGAAAUUAAAAAAAAAAAAAAAAAUUCAAAAUAUUUUUGUUUGGAAUUUCAUGCACUUUUGACUCAUUUACAUGUCUUUACAUUUAAUUGCACAAAAAAAAAUUUAAAAAUCGCAUUGUGUUUGAAAAUUAUAAAUUAAGAAAAAUUCAUUAACUUUUUACGUUUUCAUUUUGCCCUCAUCCAUUCGUUCCAUAACUAAAAUAGGUUUAAACAGGUAAUUUAAAAACAAAUUCCAUUUCACUUUGCUCUAGAU